AUGACGUAUCAGACGUUUUUGAUAACGGCCCGCGGCCAGGUAAUGAUAGCACUCAUGGUCGGCGUCUAUCUGGUCACGGCUACCCGAACCCACUCCAAUCAGAUGGUGAUUAACGUCACCGGCAAUCGCGACAUAUAUUCCGAGAUGAACGUUAUCUACCAAUUCGCGUACUUGGUCAUCCAGUUGCCGACCGGGCUGAUCGCGGACCGCCUGAACCCGGUCACCUCGCUGGCCGUUAUCUUGGCCGGGCUGGCCAUCACGUCGGCCGUCUCGCCGUUCGCGCUCAUCGGCCUCUCGUCGUGGUCGUGGACACCGUGGCCGUCGGCCAUCCCCAUCCUGGUGACCGGCGCCGUGUACGCUGUCAACGGCGCACUGGCCGGUUCGUGGUGGCCGUUCAUGAACGUCAUGCUGUCCAACUGGGCGCCGCCCGAUGAAUUGGCGUACAUGUACUCCACCAUCAGUACAGGCGUGCCCGGCGGCAUAGUGGUCGGAAACUUGUUCACCGGUUUCUUUUACGCCUUGCACGGUUGCGACUUUGGUUACAGCUUUUUCGUCAUGUCCGGCUUAUGCCUGGCGUGGAGCAUCGCCUGGUUUUUGACGUGCCACCAUCAUCCGGCCGACGACCCGGGCGUCCGGCCAUCCGAGCUCGAACGGAUUAUCACCAGCCGCCAACCCAAGGCUCAACUGCCGGUGCCGUGGAUGAAGAUCGUCGGUUCGUUGCCCGUGUGGUCAGUGAUGUUGGCCAAUUUCGGUUCGACCGUGUUCUACACUAUUCUCAUCAUGUACAUGCCCGUAUAUCUCAAGUACACGAUGCAUGUGGACAUUGUGGAAAACGGUUUAAUGUCCACGUUGCCAUCGCUCGGCCAGAUAGCCGUCAUGUUCACGGCCGGGAGGUGUGCGUCGUUAAUCCAGGCCAAAGAUUGGUUGGACGUCACAGCCAUCAGAAAAGUUUUUAGUUGUAUCGGCAUGGCGAUACCAGCGAUCCUUGUUUCGGUCGCGACGGUCAUACCGAAUACUUAUAUCUUCUACAGUUUUCUAGUAAUAUCGUACAGUGUCUCUGGUUCGGUGUUCUCCGGUUUCCGAGUCAGUCAAAUGGAAAUGGCUCCGAAUUUCGUGGCCGUGAUCACGGCUAUUUGUGAUAUUUUCGGCAGCCUCGCGAUGAACCUUACUCACGUAGCGUUCCUCGUGACUUUUGGACAGUCUUCCGAUCAGGUGGCGUGGAAUGAAAUCUGUUGGUGUCUGAGCGUAAUACUUAUUAUGUUUCUUGUCCCGUUCGUCUUGUUCGGGAAUAGCAAAAUACAAUCGUGGAAUACACUCAAAACAACAUCAAUAAGCGAACCAAUUGCAAUAUAA